AUGCCUCCGCCAUCGACGACAGCCAAGUCAAACACUGAAGACAUCCACAAUGGACAGGAUGCAAAACCAAACCAGGUACCCCGACAUGGUGGCCAUCGUGAGGCGCUCAGAUGCUUAUCAGUGCAGGUACGCAAGUCAACGUCAUGGUAUGGCUCGUUGGGGAGGAAAGCCUCGGCCUCAACACAAGUUGCCAAGGAGACCAUCAUGGGUGGAACAGUCAAGUCAGCAUCAACCGCAGAUUUCAGCCGCUACGAAGGGAGAAGAAAUGCAGACGGGUCCGGCGAUUCGGACGCUCAAUCGACACAGACCAUGCCCAUGAUAGCUGAGACUGAGGUCGACGUGCAUCCCGCGCAAACCUCACAGCCAAGCCAACAAGACACGAACGGUUCAGCGAAUCAUGAUGCGCAAACACAACAGCAGCCGCACAUCGAUCCUGCACCUGAAGAGUUGGCUAGCGAGAACAAUAAAGCAGCAUCACAAGUCGACAAGUCGCCCUCUGAGAUCGCACCACAACCAGUGGCCUCACCAGGCUGGUUUGCCGGCUGGUUUGGGACAUCAUCAGCACCAGAAAUGACAAAGGACAAUAAGGAUGAACUUAUGACAGACGUAUCCAAAGGGAGCGAGCCUGCGCCACUUGGAUCUUCACAGGAAACACUUGACGAAGCAUUACCACCACCCCCGGCCAACACCGAAGCACCUCCUGCAGCGGAACCCACGACACCCAAGCCCACAAGGCCAACAAGCGCUUGGCUGGGAUCUUGGUGGGGUACUCCAGCGCAAUCAGAAAGCGCACUGAAAGGUCCACCAGAAGCCACCGUAUCAGAGGCGCCGUUGAUCAAAGAAAGUGAGGACUUGAGUAUGGAAGACGCCCCGCCUCCAGCGCCGGCUGCGCAGCUGGAAAGUCAACCAUCAGCUGGUUCAACUUGGGCAUUCUGGUCCCGAGAUACAGGCUCAAAAGCGGCAAGUCAGUCAAAGCCCACUCCAGAACAAGGGGAGCUGGCUGUAAUGGGCGAGGGAUCAGAGGCGAGUCCUCGAAGAUACUCUAGCGUCGGGGUGGAAGAGCCUUCGGCUAUUUCUGUCAAGGAGCCGCCCCUGAGGAAAGACCCCAGGGAAUUACCAGCGAAGACGUCCCGGUCCAAGAAAAACAAGAGGGAGAGACCACAAUCUAUGGACCUGGACCAGGCUGUGCCGAUGGUGCCGAGCACACCCGUCACCACUACAUCGACCGCCAAGCCGGAGACGCCUGCUUCCAUCAAGAGUUUACAGCCAAAUCUUGUCCUGCCUUCAUUUCGGAAUACGUACCAAAUGAAGCAGAACCCCUCCAUUAUAAAACAAAUCACCCAACUGCUGCUUAGGACACGCCAGCCAGUUCCGACUCACGUUAACCUGGUAAAGGAGCCGCCAAAAAUCCGAAAGGCUAUUGCUAUUGGCGUGCACGGCUUAUUCCCAGCCACUUACUUACGCCCAAUGAUCGGACAGCCUACGGGCACCUCCAUACGCUUCGCCAACAAAUGCGCCGAAGCCAUUAGAAGAUGGGCCGAUAGUCAUGGUUGCCAAGAUUGCGAGAUUGAAAAAGUUGCCCUUGAAGGUGAAGGCAGAAUUGCCGAUCGAGUCGACAAUCUCUGGAAGUUGUUGUUGAACUGGAUAGAACACAUCCGCAAGGCUGACUUGAUAUUGGUCGCUUGCCAUUCUCAAGGAGUGCCAGUUGGUCUGAUGCUUGUGUCAAAGCUCAUUGAUCUCGGGAUAAUCACGACGGCCCGCAUAGGAGUUUGCGCAAUGGCUGGCGUCUCUCUUGGGCCCUUUCCCGACUACAAAUCUGGUAUGGGAAUGCUGAUGGGUUCAGCAGCUGAAUUAUGGCAGUUUGCAGACCCGUCAAGCGAGAUAUCUCAAAGACUGGAACAUGCGAUGAAAACCGUUCUCGAGCACGGAGGAAGGGUGACAUACGUUGGAAGCAUCGACGAUCAGCUGGUACCACUGGAGUCAGCUAUCUAUUCACCUGCAUCGCAUCCAUACAUCUACCGGGCAGUCUUCAUUGAUGGCCGAGUACAUGCCCCCGAUUUCAUCGCCCAUCUAGUCGGCUUUGCGCUUAAGCUUCGAAACCUUGGCAUCUCUGACCAGGGACUUAUUCGCGAGCUAUCAGUCGCACUUGCCGGCAGUCUCUAUUCGGGAGAAGGGCACUCUCGCCUUUAUGACGACGAUGAGGUCUAUAACUUGGCGGUCUCUCAUGCCCUCGAAACCACAGUCGUGAACAAUGUGCCUUGCCGUAUUGACAAACAUGAGGGACUUGCUAGUUCUAAUCCAUACAUCCUUCCUUGGAUCAUGCGUGGACUACUAGAGGAAAAUUUUGUCAAGACAGAGUUGUCAGCGGAGACAGCAGAAUUACUAAAGCAGUUUGACGACUGGAAGCCUGCCACCAAGGCCUUAAAGGAUAUCAAGUUCCGCUUAGAGGCUGUGAGGUCUAGACUCUAG